CCCAGUUGAACCAGAGUUUGAAUACCACAGCUCCCUGCCCUCAUCAUGGCUCCAGUUCUUUUCAAUAUCAGAACGGUCGACAGCGCUGGAACAGAUAAAUUAGAGAGCCGCAUCACUUUGGACGAGAAGAUUGACGAUGGCAAGGCUACUCUUGACACUAUUCGGCAGCUUUUGGUGAAGCAAAAGUUGGAUUCGGCCAAGGUGCGACUUGCAUUCUGUGGAAAGGACGGUGCUCGUGUUGGCGAUGACUUUAAAUGGAGCAUUUACAAAGCCCUUGUCGAGGACGAUGAGACAGAGGGAGGUACUGCAAAGAAAGAGAAGACAAACUCCAGAAUCCAAACACAUGAUGUGUACUUUGAGCUGCCCAAAGAAAACGAAACAGAGGAGAAGACACUGAGCAAGCAGGCUCAGGCCGUGCUGGACGGCAAGCUGGACAUGGAUCUGGUGCAAAACAAACCAGCUCUGAUUACCGCGACGCUGAAAGAGCUGGCUAGUACCUACGAGCACAACAAAUUCAAGGCUGCCAGUGGUGGUGCUGUCGUAACUGCCGGCUCCAUGUCCGAGAAUGACUGGGACGUUGUCCUGCGCCACACCCACUACCUGAACGGCUAUCGGAUGGUCUUUUCCAAGCUUGAAAACGGCACAAAGCAGUUCAAGAGAAUUGAUAAAGCCCCAUAUGCCGCUUUCACCAUCCGUCCUCGGAAGAUUUUCAGCUCUGAAAAGGCCGAUAAAUCCAUCAAUGUCGAGGCCGAGUACCGCAUCCCGCGCUAUAUUGUCACGGAUGAUUCGUAUGUCAAUGUGUUUGAGACGGCGAGUUCGCUCUCGGAAAGUGUUGCAUCCAGCUCUUUCUCCCAGACGGACAUUGAGGCCUCAGCUGGUGGAAGUCUCUUCGGGGCAAGCAUGUCUGUCAAGGCUGGCUUUAGCCAAAACGACAGCGAAGCCGUGGCGACGGCGAAGUCGAGCUCAUCCAGGUCGAUGAACAUCACAUAUAACUUCCCCCGCGCUGUGCUGUACCUGGACAACAGAAGCUUGGAGUUGACCGAGGAAUGCAAGGUGGCCCUCGAAGGAAUCAAGGAUGAAGAGACCCUGAUCCAAUUCCACCAUGACUUUGGCCACUUCUUCGCGACCAACGUCGAGCUGGGUGGGAAGCUGUUUGCCUCGGAAAAGUUCACCUCGGCCGAAUCGUCCAAGGCAGAGGAAAAGGCGAAUGCAAUGAAGGUCAGCGCCGCUGCCUCGUUCUCUUACGGCGCCUUCGAAGCCAAUGUGAGCGCGAGCCACGAGACGCAGAAAAACAGCGCCAAAUCCGGUUCAAGAAGCAGCAUGAGCAACAGCCUUACUUGGGAGGCUCGUGGUGGCGAUACCAUCCUUUGCAAUGACCCCCCCAACUGGUGCCCGACUGUCAAGCCAUCGGCCAAUUGGAGAGUUAUCAACCAACGAGAUGUGAUUCCCAUGGCGGACUUUAUCGGCACCUUCCCCGACUACAAGCACGUCCCGGCCGAUGUCGACCGAAUCAGGCAGAAAACGAAGACCAUCACGGCCUGCAAAUUCCGGCUCAAGGCCAACGUCCACGACGGAGUGGACUAUGAUGAAUACUACGGAGUACGCAAGGAUAAGGACGAGCAGCGACUGAAGCCGUUCCUGCACAAGUACAGAAAUGAAAUCCUUCAAUGUGACAAUGACGAGGUCGCCGAAAGGACUCUCGCCAACGUUGCCCGUUCUCCGCACCUGGCAUAUCCGGCGAUCAAAUUCUACCAGGCGCUGGAAUCUCGCAUCAAAGGCGCUGGGUUUACGGAUAACUUCCAAGAAUACGUCGGCAUUGAUAAACUCAACAAGCGCGGCGGAGGGUGCAACUUUGAGGUUGAAGUUGCCACGUUGUCAGACGAAGUACCAAGGCUCAAACUCAACGUCCCCUACUUGAUCCGCGCCCACGAUGAGACGCACGACACCUUCCUUGCCGCCGACACAGCCGGCAGUUAUGGUGACCGGUUCUUUGGGUACCUGUACUAUGCGCGCAAGGCCCGCGCCAGCAAGUUCAUGUUCCGCAAGGUGGGAGCACGAAGCCAACAGGGCAUCAUUACCAACGAUAUGGAGGUGGAGCUGACGCUGUGCGAUGAAUCGGGAAACCCUUAUGCGAGAGUGCAGCGCUUCGAGGGCGACGCUUCCACUCUGGUGGUCAGCAAGUAUGGGGUGGAGCGUGACUUCACAGAGACCCAUAAUGCCACAUUCCAAUACAACUAGUGUAGGUUCCUUGAUCUAUCACAUAUCUGCUAGAAUAUAUGGAGAUCGUUCCGGGCUAAACCACACAAUCGGUUAUUAUUCCACCACUACCACGCAUGUAUUUCAUUUUUGUCUCAUUGCUGUCACACCAUCCAGGUAUUUCGAAUGGAUAUUGGUGACUAUAUAGACCAGCAGAUAGACAGAAAUUGUCUGAAUGAGAAGCAUAGAGAGAGCCUUAUUUAUUUAUUUAUUUAUAUUUUUUAUCAUUUGAAUGAAUGGCAU